AUGACAAUAAACCCACUUCCAACUUAUUUUAUAGCACAUGGUGGUGUUGGUGUUCUUGAUCUUCCUCAAAAAGACCCUUAUAGACUACAGCUUCUUUCUAUAGGUGAUGAAAUCAAGUCUCUUAAUCCAAAGGGUAUAAUUGCAACAUCUGGUCAUUUUGAAAGUCCUUAUCAAGAAACAAUUCAAGUUAACAUUAAAGAAGAUCUUGAUGUCCUAUAUGAUUAUUUUUUCAAACACGAUGACCCUAAAAGAUAUCAAUUGAAGUUUAAACAUUUUGGUGAUAAAGCUAUUGCUGGUGAUGUUGUUUCGGUAUUGAAAGAUAAAGGUAUACCAGUAGAAACUGUUGAAAAGGACACAGAUCAUGGGAUUUGGGUGGCAUUGAAGCUUUUAUUCCCAGAAGAACAAAGUGAAUUAAAAAUCCCUGUUAUUAGUGUCUCGACAUUCAAACCAUCAACUUUCAAAAAACAGGUCGAAUUAGGUGAAGCAUUAAGUUCAUUAAGGAAUGAAGGUUUUGUAUUGAUACAUUUUGGAAUGCCUGUUCAUAAUAUUUAUGUUGGUGAUAGAAAUCAAUCGAAACGUGUUGUCGAUUCUUUAAGAAAUGAUAGUUAUGAUCCUGUGAUACAAAUCACAAACCCAAACUAUUCAGAGGAUUUCACAAAGGAAUUAGAGAUAUUGAAUACUAUUAAGGAUUAUGAAGAGAAAAAGAAAGCAGUAAUCAGGCUUGAAAAUGAUAAAGAGUCAAAUAUAUAUCAAGCGCAUCCAACAUUGGAGCAUUUCACUCCAUUCUUGGCUUAUAUAGGAUCUUCAUUGAGAUCUGAUAGCGGGUAUAAUUACAAAAGAACAAAGAUCACAUCAAACAUGAGUUUCUCAAACUUUAAACUUGAAUCAAUUUGA